AUGGCUUUCCAAUGCCUCGCGUGUCCCCGAAAUUUCCACGACCGACGCGCUCUCAAGAUGCAUCAACGGAACUGCAAAGGUUAUCAAGAGAUUCAAGAUGUUACCUUUCAGCAAAAGCGCGCUCGAGAGGAGGAGGCGGCGGAAGAGGUGGAGACACGGUCGAGGAAGAGAGCUCAGAUGUCGGUAGAACCUGAAGAGUUGACAGCAGAGCGAGACAUUAUGGACUCGAUCCCCAUCCCAGAAGCUUCAUCGUCAGAACUUCUACCCCUGCUUCUGCCUCCUACUACGUGCUCUGCACGCUCUGGACGUGGAAUACGCUUCCCAAAGUGA